AUGAUUCUCAACUUGGCAACGAAAUAUGUUGUUUUCCUUGACGUACAUGAUUGCACCCAGUCAGGAUUCAGUCUACAACCCAAACCUUUCUUUUCAAACUUUGGAGCCAUUGUCACUUUUUCUGUACUUGGAACUUUUGUAGCUUCUAUUGUCACUGGCGUGCUAGUGUAUCUUGGCGGUGUGAUGUUUCUCAUGUACAGACUUCCGUUCGUUGAGUGUCUCAUGUUUGGCUCUCUUAUCUCAGCCACGGAUCCUGUCACUGUGUUGUCAAUAUUUCAGGAACUUGGCUCGGAUGUAAAUUUGUAUGCCCUGGUGUUUGGAGAAUCAGUUUUAAAUGAUGCUAUGGCCAUAUCUCUGUACAGGACAAUGUCCUUGGUGAGAAGUCACUCAACGGGGCAGAAUUUCUUUAUGGUCAUAGUCAGCCUUAAUGCAAAGCACCUCUUCAAGUAUGCAGGACUAGAUGUUGACAAUCUGCAGAACUUGGAAUGCUGCCUCUUUGUGCUUUUUCCAUAUUUCUCAUACAUGCUUGCUGAAGGUCUCAGUCUAUCUGGCAUCGUAUCGAUUCUGUUUACUGGGAUUGUCAUGAAGCAUUAUACCUACUCAAACUUGUCUGCAAAUUCUCAGCGAUUUGUGUCUGCAUUUUUUCAUCUGAUAUCUUCCCUGGCAGAGACAUUUGUGUUCAUCUACAUGGGUUUUGAUAUUGCCAUGGAAAAGCAUAGUUGGGCACACGUGGGAUUCAUCUGUUUCUCUAUUCUGUUUAUCGUAAUUGCGAGGGCAGCUAAUGUGUUUGGUUGUGGAUAUUUGGUCAACUUGGCACGACCUGCUCAUAGGAAAAUACCAAUGACGCAUCAAAAAGCACUUUGUUACAGUGGACUUCGAGGUGCUAUGGCUUUUGCUCUUGCUCUGCAAUCUGUUCACGAUCUCCCAGAAGGACAUGGUCAAACUAUAUUCACUGCAACUACAGCCAUUGUUGUUCUGACGGUGCUGUUAAUUGGAGGAUCCACUGGUACAAUGCUUGAAGCACUAGAGGUUGUAGGUGAUACACGUGAUGUCUCCCUAGGUGAUGGAUUUGAGGUGGUGAACAAUCGUUAUAUGACUAGUUUUGAUGAUGAAGACUCACCAUCAGGAAGUGGAUUCAGGACAAAACUAAGAGAGUUCCAUAAGAGCGCGGCAUCAUUCACAGAACUAGACAGGAACUACCUAACACCGUUCUUUACAAGUAACAACGGAGAUUAUGAUGACGAGGAGGGUAACACUGACCAACACCAUGAAGAACGAAUUCCUUUUGCUAGAAGAGGAAAUCUAAAUAACCGCGGCUAA